AUGAACCUUAUUCUGCUCAAGAGACGGCAAAUCCGUCGCGGUGGGAAGCGGCGGCAGGCCUCUGACCACGCAGACGCAGAGCGCGAAGGCCAACAGGCGGAGGGCUGCGGAAGCAGCGGGCCUCCCGAAGGCGUGACGCAGGAGCGCGAGGCAGCCGCUAGAGAAGCAGAAGGCAAGGAGCUUCUAGUCGACUUGACAGGCGAAACGGCAAAACACUGCCUAUCAGUCCUCAGAGUGCAAGUCGGGAGCUUGGUCAAGGUUGGAGUAUUCAAUGGCGGCAUCUGCACUGCCACGGUUGUCGAGAUUCGUGGAAACUCCCUAACUGUCCAGCUGGAGAGAGAUAUAACCACAGAACCGUCUCCCUCGCCGCCUGGUUUGAUCGACCUUCUUCUCGCGAUCCCCCGGCCCAAGACGCUCGACAAAAUUCUUCAGAUCUGCGCCACUAUGGGAGUUGGUCGCCUCCUGCUCGUCUGCUCAGAGCGCGUGGAAAAGGGGUACCUUUCCAGUCCGAAGCUGGGCAGGGAGAAUAUCGAAAAGCAGAUACAGACAGGCCUAGAGCAAGGCGUUUCGACGCGCGUCCCGGAGGUUCAGGUUUUCGCCUCCUGGCAGGCGCUGAUGGCGUUCUUGCGGCGCUCCUGUUCGCCCUGCUCGCUGCACGCGGCGCGGGCUGGAGACGUGCAGCGGGGCGAGGGGGACUGCCGCGCCUGUGGGCUCCAUAAUGGCGCCGGUGCAUCUUCAGCUGGCGAAGAUGCGUCUCGUAGUUCGUACUCGCACAAUGGAGAUGACCUAGAGAGAGCUCUCAACUCCGUCCCCUGGUGCUGCCUGACUAGUGCCGUGGGGCGUUCGCGGCGGCUGAUCGCGCAUCCGGGAGUUGUCGACACACUCGGCUCGCUCAAGGUGCAUGAGCAAACCCGGGGCAGCGUGCUGGUGGCCAUCGGGCCUGAGGGAGGAUGGCUCGACCAGGAGGUGGAGGAGUUGAAGACGACGCAGGGGUUUGAGUUCUUCUCUCUGGGAGACAGAGUGCUGCGGUGCGAAACAGCUGUCGUGUCGGUGAUUUCCCAGUUGAGUAUGCUCCUUCAAGAUGCGACGCUUCGGCAAGGCCGCCCGCCUCCCUGCGCCAUCCCUGAGAGCGACUCUCAGGCAGCUCCUGUACAAGAGGCAUCGUCGCCCACGUCGGAGCCCCAGCAUCUUUCGAAUCCCGCGAGCUUGUCGUUGUCGGGUUCUUCGGCUGGAGCCCCCGGAGGAGGAGACAACUGCACCGCCGCAGGCUCUGGCUCAGGAGGCGAGGCCACAGCAAAACGCUCAAAGAAAGGAAGAGUCCGAGAGGGAAUCCGCGAUGUCCACUGCGACGAAGACGGCAGAGUUAUUGUCCUUCCGCAGAAAUUCUCCCAGCACAAGGCGCAGCUUUCGCCUCCGACGACAGGAGACAAGGGUGACGCGGAUAUGGCGUACUGA